AUGCGCAAAAUACCUGAACACGUGAAAAUCAUGCCCUCGCUUAUCCGCCGUCAUCAACAGUGCGCCGGUCUGAUCAAGGUCAUGACCACGAUAGCUUCGCUGUGCGCGGCAAAGUGUGCCACGAUGAGUUUAACUCGUUUAAAAUCGUGCGUCAUAAAGCAAUCAUCUCAAAAAAAUAAUUUGAUUAUAGGCAGAUUCUUCGUCAUCAUGGAAGCGUCCUACCAGGGAGGUGUGACGUUCGAAGAUAACGAUAAGUUUCAGCAACUUUCGCAAACAAUAGCGAGUAAUAUUAAGAAGAUAUCGCAAAAUGUAUCCUCAAUGUCCAAGAUGGUCAAUCAACUGCAGACUCCACAGGACUCUCAGGAGCUCAGGAGUCAGUUACGUCAAAUUCAAAACUAUACUAAAAAGCUGGCAAAAGACACAUCUUCAAUGAUAAUGGAAUUGAUGAGACUAAGAACUGACAUACCGGCCAAUAUUCUCACAAGAGACAGGCUCAGUGAUGAAUACAUGGCCACAUUGAAUGCUUUUCAGACGACCCAAAAGGCGGCGGCCCAGAAGUCCAAGGAUGACGUCCGUAAAGUGAAGGCCCAAAGCAUUAACAUUGGGGAUCCCUUUGCUAUGAGCAGUGGAGGCAGGGACUCUGAACAUGACCUCAACAAGCAAGAGCAAAUCACGGCACAGACGGAGCGCGAUCUCCAACAGCUGGAGGAGCGUGAGCGAGAUGUUCGGAAGUUAGAGAACGACAUAAUGGAUGUGAACCAGAUCUUCAAGGAGCUGGGUACGAUCAUACACGAGCAGGGUGCUGUGGUGGAGUCCAUCGAGGCCAGCGUUGAGACCGCUGCCCAUGAAGUGGAAGCAGGAAUCCAUGAGUUGUCUCAUGCUGCUAACUAUAAGAACAAACUAAGGAAGAAGAAGGUGUACCUGGCGCUGAUCCUCCUCAUCAUCGUCUCCAUCAUUCUGAUCAUCGUAUUCAAUCGC